GGGCGGAGAGGAGCGGCCCCGGGACGGGCAGAGAGCGGGACGCCGAGCCGGCUCCCGGCGCCCGCGGUCCCGCCAUGGACGACCUCGACGCCCUGCUGGCUGACUUGGAGUCCACCACCUCCCACAUCUCCAAACGGCCCGUGUUCUUGUCGGAGGAGACCCCCUACUCGUACCCAACUGGAAACCACACAUACCAGGAGAUUGCCGUGCCACCCCCUGUCCCGCCACCCCCGUCCAGUGAGGCCCUCAAUGGCACAAUCGUUGACCCCUUAGACCAGUGGGAUCCCAGUGCCUCCCGAUUCAUCCACCAGCAGCCUCAGUCCCCGUCACCCGUGUGUGGCUCCAGUGCCAAAACUUCCAGCGCUUCCGUGCCCCAGGACGGCGCCGGCCCCCCGUGUUCCCGAGCCGGUGAGGAAGAGCACGUCUACAGUUUCCCCAACAAGCAGAAGUCGGCCGAGCCUUCACCCACUGUGAUGAGCUCCUCCCUGGGCAGUAACCUUUCCGAACUUGACCGCCUGCUGCUGGAACUGAAUGCGGUGCAGCAUAACCCCCCGGGCUUCCCUGCAGAUGAGGCCAACUCAAGCCCGCCGCUGCCUGGAGCUCUGAGCCCCCACUAUGGCAUCCCGGAGAAUAACAGCCCACUGGGGGGCAAAGCUGGACCCCUGACGAAAGAGAAGCCCAAGCGGAAUGGGGGCCGCGGCCUGGAGGAUGUGCGGCCCAGUGUGGAGAGUCUCUUGGAUGAACUCGAGAGCUCCGUGCCCAGCCCCGUCCCUGCCAUCACUGUGAACCAGGGCGAGAUGAGCAGCCCUCAGCGAGUCACCGCCAGCCAGCAGCAGACACGCAUCUCAGCCUCCUCUGCCACCAGGGAGCUGGACGAGCUGAUGGCCUCCCUUUCGGAUUUCAAGUUCAUGGCCCAGGGGAAGACGGGGAGCAGCUCUCCCCCUGGGGGGCCCCCGAAGCCUGGGAGCCAGCUGGAUAGUAUGCUGGGGAGCCUGCAGUCUGACCUGAACAAACUGGGGGUCGCCACGGUUGCCAAAGGGGUCUGCGGGGCCUGCAAGAAGCCCAUCGCUGGGCAGGUCGUGACCGCCAUGGGAAAGACGUGGCACCCGGAGCACUUCGUCUGCACCCAUUGCCAAGAGGAGAUCGGAUCCCGGAACUUCUUUGAGCGGGAUGGACAGCCCUACUGUGAAAAGGACUAUCAUAACCUCUUCUCUCCGCGCUGCUACUACUGCAAUGGUCCCAUCCUGGAUAAAGUGGUGACAGCCCUUGACCGGACGUGGCACCCCGAGCACUUCUUCUGUGCCCAGUGUGGAGCCUUCUUUGGUCCAGAAGGGUUCCAUGAGAAAGACGGCAAGGCCUACUGCCGGAAGGAUUACUUUGACAUGUUCGCGCCCAAGUGUGGCGGCUGUGCCCGGGCCAUUCUGGAGAACUACAUCUCGGCCCUCAACACUCUCUGGCAUCCUGAAUGCUUUGUGUGCCGGGAGUGUUUCACGCCCUUCGUCAAUGGCAGCUUCUUUGAGCACGACGGGCAGCCCUACUGUGAGGUGCACUACCAUGAGCGGCGAGGCUCACUCUGCUCCGGCUGCCAGAAGCCCAUCACAGGCCGCUGUAUCACCGCCAUGGCUAAGAAGUUCCACCCUGAGCACUUCGUCUGUGCUUUCUGCCUCAAGCAGCUCAACAAGGGCACCUUCAAGGAGCAGAACGACAAGCCUUACUGUCAGAACUGCUUCCUCAAGCUCUUCUGCUAGGCGCCUUUCUUGGCCCCUCUGCCCUGGCCCAGCCUCCCCAACUGCUACUGUGACCCAGAGGCCUUGCCCUGAAACUGGAACGCGCGUCCUCGGCUGGUGCAGGAUGGCGAGAGGGCCUGCUCUUCUUCCCCCCCGUGCCAGAGCCACGGCCUUCCUCCUCCUGCAGCCCUCCCCAGGCCGUCAGCUCUUCAUGCUCCCCGAGAGGUGGAGGCUGGAGGGCCCCAUCCUGCACCGUGUGUGUCCCCAUGACCCCGCCUGGCCUGGCCAGCGCCCCACACUGGAGCCGUCUCUUACUCAUACUUUGGCAGUGGAGCAAGGGGGAAGGGCAGGCAGGGUCAGAUGGGGUCUUUUUUUGUCCUUCUCCCCCCAUCCCGACCUCAUUAUCCUUGUCCUGAGAGUAUUGGGGGAUUCCGGCUCCCUUCAGACAAUGCCAGCAUAAAUCCAUCUGUCCAAGGGUGGAAAUGUUCGAGGGGCCGCGGAAGGUUUUUUGCGCUCCUCCUGCCCUUCCAGUGUCCCCAGGCCUAGGCCCCUCCCCCCUCCCCCCAUAACUGCUCUGGUUCUACUGAGAAAGGCCUCUCCAGCAAUAAUGUUUUAUAGUCACUUCCUCCGCCUCUGGGAUGGCGUGAGGUGGGGAGUUUCCCCCUGUGCCUGGACACUGUACCGACUUUGAUAGAUUUCUACACUGAGGUUUGAAUUCAUAUCAUCUGAGUUGCUUUUACUUCUCUAUACAACAUGAUUUUGAAGAGAUUUUAAAGAUGUCCCCUUUUGUACUCUCCUCAUCCAUGGCCACUGGUCCUGUUGGCGUCGAUGGCUGUGGUGUGGGGUUUGCCUUGUACUGAGGGCUUGGGGUGGGAAAGCAAUUUGUAUUUUAUUUUUUCUUAGCACAAGCAGGUGAACUGGGAGCAGCUCUGUGACUCUCCUUCCUUAACUUCACAACUCACCAGGACUGUUUUAUAAACUGCUGUAUUUUAAAACCCCUUCCUGGAUACUACCUGGGCCAGCAAGCUCUUAACUGAAACUGGCCUCAGGGUGUCUUGCCCUUGGGGGCCUAGAAUUCUGAACCUCAUCCGUCCUGUUCCUGAGGGAAGAGAAGGGGAAAGUACACUUUGGGGGUGCUGAUUCCUGUCUAAGUAAGCCAUCAGGAGCAUUUGCUCCCCUGUGAACUUUUUGGCAACAAAGAGAACCCAGCAAACAUCUUGGCCUCCUCACCGCUUCUCUGUGGCUCUUCUGCCUCCUCAGGAAAGCUGGUAUCUGGUCUUGUUGAUUCCACUGGCACCAUCACUUCCCCAAAUUUCCUGCCCUCCCUGGAGACUGGAGGUUUGGGGAAAAGGGCCCAGGUGGUUGCAAGGGGGGCCUGAUAGGACUCGGGGCAGUGGGAUAGGAUCCUGCUAAAGUAGUUCUGGCCCUCACAGAUGAAACAGGAGCAGGCAAGCCUGGGGUUCUGGGUCAGCAGAAAGGGGCCCCUGUGGGGUCUAAAGUGAGGAAGAUCCAGACCACUCCACUAGACUCACAGCAGAGGCUGAGCAUGCGGGGGUCUCAGAAGAGGGUCCCCUCCUUCGAGGCAGGACUGGGAGCAGCUCUGGUCUGAGGAGGUCAGCCAGGCCCCUCCAAAGGUCUGAUGUCUUCACUUCCACCCAUAGGCCUUAUUGCUCUGUUUACAGGGACCUGUCCCAGGCCCCUCCCCUAGGGGGAUGGGGUUUCUGGGGUCCACCCUCUGGGUCAAUGGUUAUUUGAUGAUUUUAUUUUAUUUUUUUCUCUGUAAACUUCUAACCUGGCUUUUCCCCGUGUCAGUUCCUGUGAUUUAUGCCAAUAAAGUUUGCCAUUAUUUUCACCCAU